AUGUCUGAACGCCUCGAUUGGGAAACAGCUCUACAAUUGCCAUUAGGAAAGACAAGUGUAAUGCAUUUGGUUCCGCGUGAAAACCUACCUGAGCCUAACUCACAAGAAAGAAUUCUAUCCCAACCCCACGGCUUAGAUGUGAAUAUCAACGACAAAAAAGCAAAGACCGGAGCAGUGGGUGCUGUAGUGCCAGUUGCUCCAUAUUAUAAGCCAGAUCAAUUAGGUUUUGUCAAUGAGUUGUUUGGCUGUUCCCACAUCACAAUCAUCCAGAAUCGCGACACUCUUUAUACAUAAUUAUAAAUACAUUCAAUAUAUAAAUAUAUUAAGAAAUAUAUAUAUAAUAAGCCGUUAUAUGAAUUAAUUAUAUUAUGAUUCCAUUCCCUUCACUACAAUUUGAAUGUAAAAAUGUUUCUCAAAAAGUUUUCUCAAUUUUGUUUUGUUGUCUAAAAACAAUACGAAAGCAUUUCCGAAGAGAUUUUUAUCAUAAUAUGUAAUAAUAUUCAAGUAUUUGUUUACACCCUCUCAACCCAACACAUACCUGACCCCCAAAACUUCAAAAUUAUGUUUUUAUAAUAGUUUUCGAGAGAAGAGAAUGAGUUUUAUUUUUGGUCAACAGAUUUGGAGACAACUUAUAAUGCUUUUCGAUAAGGAUUUACAAAUUUUGGUGUAAAUAAUGAUAAAAUGUUUUGCGCUUAUUUUGUGUCGACCAUUUGCUAAUCCAAUCAACCGAUGGCACCGAACCCCACGUCCACCACACAUGCCAUCCACAGACCCGGACAUCACAUAUUUGAAGACAUUUUAUUAACAUGAAUGUGAAAAAUGGCAUAAAAUUU